AUGGCGGCGGUGCAGGCGGGCGGAAAUCCGGUCGAACGGAUGAGCUGGUGGGGGCCCUCUAGAACAAGAACUUCUACUUCCAGCGAGGGAGCUGAAGAUUUCAAGUUCUAUCAGGGUUCAUCAACAUCUCUAGAAGGUCGUGUAGUACAAAAAGAAGAACAGCAUGAUGCAGUAGUCCCACCGCGGCUCACCAGGGUGAUAAGUGGUUUUCGCGGGCUCGUCAGUCAAACGGGGUACGUGAUCGUGGGGUCCGGGCCCUGUAUCUGUGACGAAAUUCGGAAAAACACGGUGUCACAGAGUUUGAAUUGGCGGCCGACUUCAACUUCUAAAGAUGAACAACUCGUCCAAGGUGAUAGUGAAUUGGAUGAAGAUUCUAGCACCGCUGCUGCUGCUGCUUCCAGUUCCAGUACGAGCAGGGAAGGUAGUUCUUCUAGCAAGAAAAUGGAAUGGCAAGCAGGAACACGGGAUGAGCAACGUGAUGGCCGAUCUUCAUCUCGUCCCCGCGGUGGAAGAGGACAGAGAAAUAUUAAGCUGGAAAAUAAAUUACACAAUCACGACAAUAAUGGCUCUCCUGCGUCUACUGCCGGUGUUUCCAGUGUAAUUUCCUCUUUUUCGCAACUGCUUUUCGGGAAGAUGAAAAGGACGAAGAUUGCAAGGAAAAAUAACCUCCGCCGUCAAAAUCGACGCGUUCUUGCCCAGGAGAAAGGAAGAAAUGCAGCCACCGGGGCCGAGCUGCAACAUAGAACCUUCGAGGGAUAUAAUCAGCAUCAGGCACAAGGUCUGUCCGCAAAUAAAGCUAGACGAGAUGAUGUUGCGACCACCGGCAGUGGCAUGCCGACGCCACCGCUCGUUUUGAAUGAAAACGACGGACAAGAACACCAAGGACAAAAACGUCUGUCAAAUAAAAAUACGGACGGCUCCUUAGCCCGCGGCAAAUACGGCGUUCGGCACGACCGCGGGGCCUUGAAAACGCGGAAGUUUAUGGACGGCCGGAACGCGCAGGCGACGGCGGGAAGACAGGCGGAGAACCGGGUGGCUUCGAAUGUUUGCACGCCGGACUUACGACCCGUGCCGGAGGAGGUGGUGCGGGCUGUGGUUGGUGUUGCAGGUUUGGAUAGUAUGAUAAAAAGCGGCAAUUAUGCAGCCGCUUCGUUGAGCAGUCUGCUGGAGCAGGAGAAACACGGAUCAUCUGCGAAUUAUCAUAGCGCAAACGACAGCACGACAAGUUUUGAGCUGCAGGCCGGUCUGCUGUCGGUGCACCCAAAUGGAACAAAUAACAAGACAGACGGCGGGGGUGAUAAUGCAAAUGCAAAUGCUAAUAGCACGUCAAGCAAGAACAGCACUAAUUCUAGUAGUACUUCUGAGAUUGUCCUACUCCACGACGAAAACAUCAAGAACCAGCUCAGCCCCGAGGAGCAGCAACUAAUUCUCCAGCUGAGGCAGCAAUCCUACCAAAACCUCUCGCUUAUCGACGAAACCUGCGCCACUUACUGCACCCGAAACUCGUCGUGCCAUGGAUACACGGUGCGGGGGAGCGGUACGACGAAACCCGCCUGUGAAUUGUAUCUAUACGAGGAGCGCCUGACCAUUGCGCAGCAGCUCGCGAAGGCGGAAAGAGAGCGCAAAGAAGCGGACGAGAAGGCGAAAAGUGCCGAGGAAAAACUCGUCACCAGUCUCUUCGGCGAUACAGCAGAACAAAAGGUGGAUAAGAGCAGCUUAUUUGACGCGCAAGUGGCGGGGGGCAGGUCCGGUGACAAGUUUUUGGUGCAACUGUAUUCGAAUGUGACAUCAAAGACAGCAAGCAAGAGUUGGACGGAAGUUCUUGUGGGGGAUGAUGCUGAAAGUGAAACAGCACAAGAAAGGGCAGAAGCGAAUACAACAUCAAUUGGCACUGCUGGUCGUGAAGAACAAAACGAAACAAUAACAGACAGCACGGAACAAGAUGAAGGUCGUAUGGGGUCAACGUCAACAUCUCCAGAUACACAAGAAGUAGAACACAACCAAGAAGAUGCAGAACUACACAAGCUCGACGACACAAGCACAUUGAAAAACGGCAUCAACGAAGUGGGUUAUGAUUACCUCCUCCCGAUGUGCCAGUGGCGGGUUUCGAAAUUUCUGAAUUUCUACUGCCCCCGGAGAUUCGUUGAAUUUGCCAAGACUAGGGAGGAACGUGGCGGGCCGGCGGAACAAAAUCAGGAGGCCGGAUCGGAGGCCGGAUCUUCGGAGACAGAAGAGAACGAGGAAGAUGUAGAUAAGCCGGACCCAGAUUUUUUCCACGUGGAAGAAGUGAUUUCUGCAGCGACGAUGGGAGCAUCACUUCCUUCACAGGAAAAAUCUUCUCACGCCUACGUCCGCACGUGUGGCUACACAUCCGAGAGAGGUGAUAAAAUAAAUCCACUUGGCCCGCCAGGCGAGGACGAGGAUAAAGUUUUGAAAGAUAAUACCAGCGGCCCAGCACCAGAAGGUUCAUCAGCUUCAGCUGCGUUUUCUCGCUCGCUCACACAGACCGUGCAUCCCUGCGCAAAAGUAGGUGCGCCCGAGGAUCUGGACUUGACGCAAGAGGGAGACAACUGCAAAGCCUAUUGGUUUAAGGAGUCCGUUCUGGAUGACAACACAUGCAGGCUGGAGUGCGCCCGAAAUCGCGGUUGUGUCAGCUUCACCACGAUUUCGAAGAUCGACGGGGCGCCGUCGGCGUUUUCCACCUAUAGUGGCACAUCAAGUGGUGGAAGUACAAGUGCUAGAAAGAGAAGGACGACCUGUGUUCUCUUCAGCGAUUGCCCCCUGCUCGUACUGACUAAGGUGCCAGUGCUCGUGACUGGUGAAGAAGUACACGAGGGAACCACGUCUAGUGCUGCACGCAGCAACAGCAGGGUAUGGUACUAUUUCAGGAUCUUCAGGUAGUACAACUGAAACUGAUGCCUCCCGUGAAGACGAGAUCGGAGGUAAUUCUAAUCAGUUUUCUCAACGAGUAGUGCCACCAGCGGUCUCGUCAACUACAUCAACCCCCCCUUCACCAGCAGUCUCGUCAACUACGACGAGCAGGAGCUCCUUCACCGCACCGCACCUAGCGAAAACGCUUCUCUGUAUCGGCACCAAGCAACGAAAGCUAAAAGUGUUUGACGAAAGCGAAACCCUUUUUGGGAACAGCGGACGGCUUGCAGGGGCGUCGAUAACGUUCCGCGGGUCGUUGAAUGACGAAGAUUUUUUGGCGAAAAAUGGGCUGGGUGAUCACGUAGAAGUACCCUCUGAAACUGACGACGACCGGGAAGAAGAGGGCUGCUGUAGUUCUUUUCAGCGCUUGUUCCGAACAAUCGGGGAAUUCGGUCUGCUUCGGACCGCGAUUGUGAUCGUAACGGGGCUCCUGGCCGUGCUCGGAGUCGUGGCGGGCUUUAUUUUCAUCUGUUGUAGUAGGGACGACGCGAAGGGGAACGAGGCUACUUCUGCAAGUUGUACUAAAGACGAAAAAGCGGAAAAUGAUGAAAAUAUAAAUAAAGUAGCAGAAGCGGAAACAAAAAAUUUUCCUGGAGGGGUCGUGGCAGCCGCUGCGGGGGACGAUGGGACGACUACAGCAACCGGAGCCACAGCGACCGGAACAGCUAGUGCGACAAGCGAAGGAGGAGGUUUCUUUCUCUUUGGUGAAAUAAAUCUUGCAAACGAAACAUACCAAAAAAACGACGUGAAGACGGAGGGGGAGAUCAGUGCUGGAACAAAAGAAGAAUCACAAGGCGGAGCAGUGGGUAGUGGCACAUCUACUUCUCCAAAAGAGGACCAUGAGAUUAACUCGGUAAGGGAACCACCUGAUACGGCCGAUAUGAACAAGAAGGCUGAAGUAGAUGAUGGUAGUCGCGCGAGCGCCAAUCAAGAUGGCGCUUGAAGAAUCAUCUCGGGGGAGGAAGAGGACAAGUGGCUAGCAGCUUUGGUACCAUCUGACGGUCAAGAGAGUGGCCGGCGCGCGGGAAGGGACGGGCAUCAAGAAAUGCAAUGCGUUAGCA